AUGAUUUUGGACGAGAAAAACAAAGAAAACAAUAAUCAUCCUCUUCUCAAACAAAUUGACAAAUGGGAACAAGAAUCUAUCAAAAAAAUUCAACAAACAGCAAAUGAAGCACGACAACAAAUUGAAAAAUUAAUUGGUUCACAAAAAGGUGAAUACGAUGGAUUUCAUGAAUUUUCAUUUGUUAAUAUUGUUUUUUUAUUUUAG